AUGGCUUUGCAGGCGGCGAAGCCCCGGAGCCCGAGCGACGCUGGGCCGGCGGCGCCGGGACGCCGGGGCCGGUCCCGUGCGCGUGGUGGGCUCGGCGGGGCCGGCGCAGGAGCCGCGCGCUGCCCGGCCGUGAGGGGCCCCGGACCCACGCGGGGCCCCGGAGCCGGCGCGUCCCAGGAUGCGCCGGCGCCGCCGCUGCUGCUGCGGCUGCUGCUGGGACUCCUGCUGCUGGCGGCCCUUGCGGAGCACAGCCGGGCGGAUCCAGGAGCAGAUAAUCUACGGAUAAAGGUCACCCCCACCCCGGAGUCAUUUCCACAUGGAAAAUGGUUACCGAUUUCACCCACACGGCCUUUUUCAGAAGCCGAGUCUUCUCCAGCAGUGGACAGAAUGAAGAACAUGCAGGGCCCAUCCCCCCACAAUACGAGCCUGCUGCAGCCAGCCUGGACACCUUCGCCCAGGCCGCCCCGCAGAACCAGGGCUCACGUGGACUUCUCCUCUUCCCUUUACCAAGGAAGUGGACAUAGCGCCUCCCUCGAACCUUUGAAGGAUUCCACUGAGUCUCUGGUGCAACCGAGGCCUCGAGGGGGAAGAGAAGCGGCCGACGUGUCAGGUUUGCCUCGCACCAGCAUGCCCCCAACAUUGUCCAGGGUCCUGCCGGUGGCCUUGAGCACCGGCCUCCCGACCCAGCCACCACGGGCAGGGACUCCCUCCCUUUCCACUCGUCCCCUGAGGGCAGACCUUCACUCACCUCCUCCUCCCACUCCCCCUUCAUCAUCCCCAUUGGCCCCUGACUCACCUCCUCCCAUCUCCUUUUCUAAGCAACCUACAGAGCAGUCCCCCCAAGUGCCGCCAUUCCCUCGAACAGCUCCUGCCGACUCCCCUGUAAGUCAGAGCAUAGCUAAUCCCCUAAACCUGUUUUCUGAUGAGGUGAACCAGAAUCCAUCCCCAAAGACCCAGGAUUUCAAAGGCAUCCCCCAUGUAGGCUCUUCUGGAUUUUCAACAAAACAGUAUUCGGAGCUGUCCCCAGCAGAGGGGCCCCCCUCUGCAGGCUCUCCCACACCCCUGGCACCUGAAAGUCCUCCUCGGCUUCCACGUGGAACCCCCUCCAGGUCUGUGUGGGAAGCGGCUCCAAGUCCUGCGUCCACCCAGCCCAUCAGCACCAACGUGGUCAAGAGAGGGCACCACGGGGUGCCUUUGCCAACACUCAAGAACACAGCAGCAACAACCCGUGAGGCUGAGCCUCCAUUUUUCCAGAUUGCAGAAGCAGUGGCCGUCGACAUGACUGGCAGCAGAGAGCUGGCCCCUGCGAGUGCAGAGGAGGGCUCUGCUAACCUGCCAGGGCUGUCGGCAACUCCAGAGAGUUCUGGCACGUCUUCCUCUCCAGUGCCUUCUGCGCCUUUCACCCCACCGGGGCAAGGGCGAGCUGCCCUUUCUGGGGCAGUUCCGGCAUCGAGUGGGGCCAAGCAUCGUGCCCCUCCACCUCCUGUGCCUGAGAUGCCCGCCCCUCAAGAGGACAAGGACGGGUCCCCUCCCGCCGUGGCCACAGACGUCCUCCACUCCAGCCGGCGUCCUGAUCUACUCUCUGGGACUUGGGCUGUUCCCCUGCAGAAGCAGCAUAGCACGGCAGGCCUGUUCAGGGAGAGCGAACGGACAAGCGUGACGUUUCCUUUCCAGGCCCUUCCAAGUACAGAGGUUCCGAGUCGCCUCCCCGUAACUGGAUUCACCUCCGACUUCAGCCCUGAUCGGAUUUCAUCUCCCGUCCUGACCACACCAAGAGCAAGCCUCUUUCCUUCAGCAUCACCUCCAGCUUCCACACACUCCAUGCACACCUCCCAGCCGGAGGCCUCGUCGCCUGGCUUUCCCCAUGCCCGGCCGGAGACUUACGCACUUGCUGUGGCCCAUUCUGAGUUGCCAGCUUCAGCUCCCAAGCAGGUGACAGCAUUUUCCUCCUCCACCGACACCUAUGGUUUUUCAACAAUGGGAGACCGGGAAAAGCCAGCAGUCACAGAUGUCUUGUGGAGUUCUCUUUCAGCAGGAACCGGAUCCCUUUCCAAAGAACCAGGAUUGCCUGGCUUGCACCAGCAAACAAAUUAUGAUUUAAGCGGACACACAAUUAACUCCCCAAGUUGGGAAAGUCAUCCUGUUUCAACUAAUUCUCCCAGUGGCUCAACCCUAGCUAUCACUGCAAGAAGAUUUCAGCAUUUCAAAGAUAUUGCUGGGCGUUGGGUGACCACAGAAAGCCCUACCAUUCUGGAUCUAGUCUUUGGUUCCAGUCUCAACCAGCUCAAGUCAGAUGUGACCAUGGUUGGAAGCAAUACAUAUACCUGGCCCACAAACAGUAACAGCCAUUCUAGAAACUUCCAAGUAGCUGAGGUUGAGUAUUACCCAGUCUCAUGGCAACAAUCCGGGUCUCAUUCCCAUCUGCAGCCGCCUGCCCAGCCAACACAUUCCUCUUUUCAGCCCUCUCCAAGUCUUACUUCAACAGCCACCUUGCAGGAAAUAUUUUCAGAUGGGACAGAUACAGGUUCCCAAAUUUCCAUCUCUCCGUCACCUGUGAUAAAUGCUUUCACAUCAUCAUUCCAGAGUGUCCUGAGAUAUCACUUGACAGCUGAAUCUCCUCUGUCGACCAGUGCCUUUUCCAGGACCUCCUUCAAAGUGCCACGGGCUUCUCAGCACCCCAGGAAAUGGACAGUGGACUUCUCAGUAUCAUCCAACGUAGAGCCAACAACAGCAGCAACCACAUUGUUUCUGAGAAAAUCAAGUACACAGGCCAUGUCCGCAGCCCUGGUUGCUAGGGGCACCAGCGGCAGUGGAUUAGCCAAGAGUAGUUUGACCACUGUGCCAGCUAAAAAUGUCACAAACAAGGCAGCAUCUGGCCCAAAGGUGGUGCCAGGGGCAGUCCAUACAGCCUUCCCGUUCACGCCAACCUACAUGAUGUCAAGAACAGCACACACUGUGAGCACACAGCCAGCCAUGCAAGGGAACCCUGGCACUGCCUCUGGCCUGCUGUCCACAACACACCUUCCCAGGAAAUCACAAGCCAUGCAUACCGGCCUCCCAAACCCUGCCAACCCAGAGGUGCCCAGAGUGUCCACCCCAAGGCCCCUGACGGUCACGGCAGCGUUGGCAUCUGGUACAGCACCAGUAAAGGCUACUCGGUGGCCACCUUCGCCAGCAGAGAACACUGAUGCUGUUCUUCCUGCAGUGUCGACUGCGGUGGUCACCAUCGGCAAGAUGGCAUCCAAUCUGGAGUGCCAGAUGUCCAGGAAGCUACUGGUGAAGACAGUUCUCUUUGUAACGCCGAGGAGAGCACAGACCAGCGAGUCCUUGAAGCUCACCGUGGCCAAGGGGCUCACGCAGGCCUUGCGGAAGGCUUUCCGCCAGAGUGACGUGGUCGCCCAUGUGGACAUUCUGGAACAUACUCAUAAUGUCACAGUUGGUUAUUAUGCUACCAAAGGGAGAUUAGUGUAUUUGCCUGCAGUAGUGAUGCAAAUGCUGGGUGUUUAUGGAAUCAGCAAUGUCACUGCAGAUCUGAAGCAACACACCCAAAACUUGCAGUCCGUGGCUGUCCUUGCCUCCCCAUGGAUUCCCCAGCCCGCGGGCUACUUCCAGCUGAAAACAGUGCUGCAGUUCGUGAGCCCAUCAGACAACAUACAGUCCUGCAAGUUUGCUCAGACUAUGGAGCAGAGACUGCAGAAGGCCUUCCAGGAUGCUGAGAGCAAAGUCCUGAAUACUAAAAGCAACUUGACGGUGCAGGUCGUGAGCACAUCCAACGCCUCGCAGGCAGUCACCUUGCUGUACGUCGUGGGCAAUCAGAGCACCUUCCUCAACGGCACUGUGGCCAGCAGCCUCCUCAGCCAGCUCUCAGCUGAGCUGGUGGGAUUCUACCUCACCUACCCGCCGCUCACCAUCGCUGAACCCCUGGAAUAUCCCAACCUUGAUAUAUCAGAAACUACCAGAGACUACUGGGUAAUUACAGUGCUGCAGGGCGUGGACAAUUCACUGGUGGGCCUGCACAACCAGAGCUUCGCCCGGGUCAUGGAGCAGCGCCUGGCCCAGCUGUUCAUGAUGUCCCAACAACAAGGCCGGCGGUUUAAACGGGCCACCACCCUGGGAAGCUACACUGUGCAGAUGGUGAAGAUGCAGCGUGUGCCAGGACCGAAGGACCCCGCGGAGCUGACCUACUACACGCUGUACAACGGGAAGCCUCUGCUGGGGACCGCAGCAGCCAAGAUCCUCAGCACCAUUGACUCCCAGAGGAUGGCCUUGACCCUGCAUCACGUCGUCCUCCUGCAAGCUGACCCCGUGGUGAAGAACCCGCCCAACAACCUGUGGAUCAUCGCUGCGGUGCUGGCGCCCAUCGCCGUGGUCACGGUCAUCAUCAUCAUCAUCACCGCUGUGCUCUGCAGGAAGAACAAGAACGACUUCAAGGCAGACACCAUGAUAAACCUGCCGCAGAGAGCCAAGCCGGUGCAAGGCUUUGAUUAUGCCAAGCAGCACCUGGGCCAGCAAGGGGCGGACGAGGAGGUCAUCCCCGUGACGCAGGAAACAGUGGUCCUCCCGCUGCCCACCAGAGAUGCUCCUCAGGAAAGAGACAUCGCUCAGGACGGGAGCACCAUCAAGACGGCCAAGUCCACAGAAACCAGAAAAAGCAGGUCGCCCAGUGAGAACGGCUCUGUCAUCAGCAACGAAUCAGGAAAGCCCAGUUCAGGGAGACGCUCACCCCAGAAUGUAAUGGCCCAGCAGAAAGUGACAAAGGAGGAGGCCAGGAAGAGAAAUGUGCCAGGUAGCGAGGAAGAGGAGGCCACAGGUCUUUUUGAGAGCUCUGGCAAGGCGGCUGUGGAUCCCUUCGACACAUCCUCAGGGUCUGUGCAGCUCAUCGCCAUAAAACCCGCAGCCCUGCCCGUGGCACAGCCCCCCGCCGACAGGAGCCAGGAGUCCUCGGCCGUCCUCAACGGGGAGGUGAACAAAGCGCUGAAGCAGAAGUCAGACAUCGAGCACUACCGGAACAAGCUGCGCCUCAAGGCCAAGAGGAAGGGCUAUUACGACUUCCCCCCGGUGGAGGCCAACAAGGGCCUGACCGAAAGAAAGAAGAUGUAUGAAAAAGGCCCGAAGGAAAUUGAGCACGUUUUGGAACCAGACCCGGAACUGUGUGCUCCAUUUGCGGAGCCUAAAAACAGGCAACACAUGAAGAACUCUGUCUACCGAAGCCGGCAGUCUCUGAACAGCCCGAGCCCAGGCGAGACCGAGAUGGACCUGCUGGUGACUCGGGAGCGACCCCGGCGCGGAAUCCGGAACAGCGGAUACGAUACUGAGCCCGAAAUCAUAGAGGAGACCAAUGUUGACCGAGUUCACGAGCCCCGGGGCUACGCCAGGUCCCGGCAGGUGAAAGGCCACUCGGAGACGUCCACGCUGAGCUCCCAGCCGUCCAUCGACGAAGUCAGGCAGCAAAUGCACAUGCUAUUGGAGGAGGCCUUCAGCCUGGCGUCUGCGGGCCAUGCCAGCCAGAGCCGGCACCAGGACGCCUACGGCUCGGCCCAGCACCUGCCCUACUCCGAGGUGGUGACCAGCGCGCCAGGGACCAUGACGCGACCCAGAGCUGGGGUGCAGUGGGUGCCGACCUACCGCCCAGAAAUGUACCAGUACAGCCUGCCCCGGCCGGCUUACAGGUUCUCCCAGCUGCCGGAGAUGGUCAUGGGCUCCCCGCCUCCGCCUGUUCCGCCCCGCACCGGUCCUGUGGCGGUCGCUUCUCUCCGACGGUCCACCUCCGACAUCGGCAGCAAGAGCAGAAUGGCCGAGUCCGUGGGCCCCGAGCCGGCCCAGCUGCACGAUAGCGCCUCCUUCACCCAGGUGUCCCGAGGCCCCGUGUCCGUGGCGCAGUUGGAUCAGUCAGCUCUAAAUUACUCAGGUAACACGGUGCCAGCGGUGUUCGCCAUCCCAGCUGCCAACAGACCUGGCUUCACCGGCUACUUCAUCCCCACGCCUCCCUCGUCCUACAGGAACCAGGCCUGGAUGUCCUACGCGGGAGAGAGUGAGCUUCCCAGCCAGUGGGCUGAUUCGGUGCCCCUGCCGGGGUACAUCGAGGCUUACCCCCGGUCCCGGUACCAGCAGGGCUCGCCCUCCCGGCUGCCUCGCCAGUACAGCCAGCCUGCUGGCAUGCACCCCAGCCUGGAGCAGGCCCCGGCGCCCUCCACGGCGGCCUCGCAGCAGAGCCUGGCGGAAAACGACCCUCCCGACGCUCCCCUGACCAACAUCUCCACUGCCGCCCUGGUGAAGGCCAUCCGGGAGGAGGUGGCCAAGCUGGCCAAGAAACAGACGGACAUGUUUGAGUUCCAGGUGUAG